GAAAGGACUGUAAGGAAGAGUGGACGAGGGGACCCAGCUAGAGGCCAUCCUGCUGGGGUUCCUGCCUCCCUAAAGACGCAGAGUAAAGCAAGUGAGCACAAGGAGUAUGGUUCUGAGGUAAGCCAGGUCAUGAAGACGCCACUGUUGGGCUUGGCUUUGUGGUCACUGCUCCUCCGCCCAGGGCUGAUGUUCUGGACCUCCCAGGUGAGUCGGAACUGCAACAACGGCAGCUACGAGAUCAGUGUCCUGAUGAUGAACAACUCAGCUUUCUCAGAGUCCCUGGAUAACUUGAAAGAAGCAGUGAAUGAGGGAGUGGAAAUAGUGAAACAGCGUCUGCUUGAAGCUGGCAUAAAUGUGACAGUGAAUGCUACCUUUAUCUAUUCGGAGGGUGUGAUUUAUAAGACAAGCGACUGCCGGAGUAGCACCUGCGAAGGCCUCGACCUACUCAGGACCAUUUCAAGUAAAAAACGGAUGGGCUGUGUCCUCAUGGGGCCCUCGUGUACAUAUUCCACCUUCCAGAUGUACCUUGACACAGAUUUGAAUUAUCCCAUGAUAUCAGCUGGAAGUUUUGGAUUGUCAUGUGACUACAAAGAAACUUUAACAAGGCUGAUGUCUCCAGCUAGGAAGUUGAUGUACUUCUUGGUUAACUUUUGGAAAGUCAAUGAUUUGCCAUUCAAAACUUUUUCCUGGAAUACUGCAUAUGUUUUCAAGAAUAGUACUGAGUCUGAGGACUGUUUCUGGUACCUCAAUGCUCUUGAGGCUGGAGUUUCCUACUUUUCUCAGGAACUUAGCUUCAAGGAGAUGUUGAGACGAGAUGACCAGUUUCAGGAUAUCUUAACAAACCAGAACAGGAAAAGUAAUGUGAUUGUUAUGUGUGGUACACCAGACAUUGUCUACUCCCUCAAGGGUGACCGGCCAGAGGCUGAAGACACUGUCAUCAUUCUAGUGGAUCUCUUCAACAACAAUUACUUCAUGGAAAAUGUCACAGCCCCUGAUUAUAUGAAAAAUGUCCUUGUUCUAACUCUGCCUCCUCCUGAAAAUUCCACCUCAAAUGGUUCUUCCUUCAAGGGUUUAACACUGGCAAAAAAUGAUUUUGCUCUUGCCUACCUGGAUGGAGUAUUGCUCUUUGGACACAUGCUGAAGAUCUUUCUUGAAAAUGGAGAUGAUGUUACCAGCCCCAAAUUUGCUCAGGCUUUCAGGAACCUCACUUUUGAAGGGUAUUCAGGUCCUGUGACUUUGGAUGACUGUGGAGAUAUUGACAAUACCAUGGCACUUCUGUAUACCUCUGUGGAUGACAACAAAUACAAGCGUCUUUUGACCUAUGACACACACAAAAAUAAGACUACUUCAGCAGAGACAAACCCAAUAUUCAUCUGGAAGAACCAUAAACUUCCUAAUGAUAUUCCAGGCCGGGGCCCUCAAGUCCUGCUGAUUGCAGUCUUCACUCUCACAGGAACUGUGAUUCUGCUCCUGCUAAUUGCUCUUCUGGUGCUGAGAAAAUAUAAAAAAGAACAUGAACUUCGUCAGAAAAAAUGGUCCCACAUUCCUCCUGAAAAUAUCUUUCCUCUGGAGACCAAUGAGACCAACCAGAUUAGCCUGAAGAUUGAUGAUGACAAGAGGAGAGAUACGAUCCAGAGACUACGACAGUGCAAAUACGACAAAAAGCGAGUGAUUCUGAAGGAUCUCAAACACAAUGAUGGCAAUUUCACUGAGAAACAGAAGAUAGAAUUGAACAAGUUACUGCAGAUUGACUAUUACAACCUAACCAAGUUCUACGGCACAGUGAAGCUUGAUUCCAUGAUCUUUGGGGUGAUCGAAUACUGUGAGAGAGGAUCCCUUCGGGAAGUUUUAAAUGACACCAUUUCCUAUCCUGAUGGUACAUUCAUGGAUUGGGAGUUUAAAAUCUCUGUCUUGUAUGACAUUGCUAAGGGAAUGUCAUAUCUUCACUCCAGUAAGACGGAAGUCCAUGGUCGUCUGAAAUCCACCAACUGUGUGGUGGACAGUCGAAUGGUGGUGAAGAUCACUGACUUUGGCUGCAAUUCCAUAUUACCACCAAGGAAAGACCUCUGGACGGCCCCUGAGCACCUCCGCCAAGCCAACAUCUCUCAGAAAGGAGAUGUGUACAGUUACGGGAUCAUUGCCCAGGAGAUCAUCCUGCGGAGGGAAACCUUCUAUACGUUGAGCUGCCGGGACCAGAAUGAGAAGAUUUUCCGAGUGGAGAAUUCCAAUGGACUGAAACCCUUCCGCCCAGAUCUGUUCCUGGAAACAGCAGAGGAAAGAGAGCUGGAAGUCUACCUGCUUGUAAAAAACUGUUGGGAGGAAGAUCCUGAAAAGAGACCAGAUUUCAAGAAAAUCGAGAGUACACUGGCCAAGAUAUUUGGCCUAUUUCAUGACCAAAAAAAUGAAAGUUAUAUGGAUACGUUGAUCCGACGCCUACAGCUGUAUUCUCGAAACCUGGAACAUCUGGUGGAGGAAAGGACGCAGCUGUACAAGGCAGAGAGGGACAGAGCAGACAGGCUCAAUUUUAUGUUGCUGCCCAGGCUAGUGGUAAAGUCUCUGAAGGAGAAAGGCAUCGUGGAGCCUGAACUCUAUGAGGAAGUAACAAUCUACUUCAGUGACAUUGUAGGUUUCACCACUCUCUGCAAAUACAGCACCCCCAUGGAAGUGGUGGACAUGCUCAAUGACAUCUACAAGAGCUUUGACCACAUUCUUGAUCACCAUGACGUGUACAAGGUAGAAACCAUUGGUGAUGCCUACAUGGUAGCUAGUGGUUUGCCCAAGAGAAACGGCAAUCGGCAUGCAAUAGACAUUGCCAAGAUGGCCUUGGAUAUCCUCAGCUUCAUGGGGACCUUCGAGCUGGAGCAUCUUCCUGGCCUCCCAAUAUGGAUUCGGAUUGGAGUUCACUCUGGUCCCUGUGCUGCUGGAGUUGUGGGGAUCAAGAUGCCUCGAUACUGCCUGUUUGGAGAUACUGUCAACACAGCCUCAAGGAUGGAAUCCACUGGCCUCCCUUUGAGAAUUCACGUGAGUGGCUCCACAAUAGCCAUCCUAAAGAGAACUGAGUGCCAGUUCCUGUAUGAAGUGAGAGGAGAAACGUACUUAAAGGGAAGAGGAACUGAGACCACCUACUGGCUGACGGGGGUGAAGGACCAGGAGUACAACCUGCCGACCCCUCCUACUGUGGAGAACCAACAGCGCUUGCAAGCUGAAUUUUCAGACAUGAUUGCCAGCUCUCUGCAGAAAAGGCAGGCGGCUGGGAUAAGAAGCCGAAGACCCACACGGGUAGCCAGCUACAAAAAAGGUACCCUGGAAUACUUGGAUCUCAACACGACAGACAAUGAGAGCACCCAUUUUUAAACCUCAGCGAGGCCCAAGGACUCAAGCUAAUUCAGCACAGCUCUAUGUGGCAGCAGCCUCCCGUGUCCAGAAGGCCUCCAGCCCUCUGAGACCUCGGAGGGACAGAAGGCUCACAGGGAUUCUGCUUGGCCUCAGCUGCCUCGCCUGGAACACAGACUUGCUUCUGCAAAAGGGAUGCACACACUCAGGGCUCUGGUUACCUUUGACUCUGGAGCCUGAUCUCAACAGUGGCUCCAGGGAGCGUCCAGUCCACCUGGGGAAGAAGAGGGCUGAAUGUACGGUCGCAAAGCUGAGGAGAUUUUGUUCUCAUUUUAUUUGUUCUGGUUUGGUUUACUGAUCCUUUUUCCUUCUGUGUUCAUGAGAGGAUUUUUUAAAUUGUCACAAUUAUAUUUUAAAUACCUUUUCUCCAUUAAACUAUUUUUAACUCAU